GCAAGCAUAAAUUAAUUUAUGUUAUCGGAUUUGUAUUUUCUUUGUUUUGUUAUGUUCUACUUAUUAAGUAAAGGGUAUAUAUUUUUGCACAAGUUUUUUUGUUGUUUUUUUAUCAGAAAUUCCUGACAGCUAAAUUAUGAUAAUAUUCAAUUGAAAACAUUUCUAAUGACACUAAGCAAUCAACUUGCUACAGAGACCUUGUAAGGAUGUAAGCAAGUACAGCUACAAAGUGCUUCACAAACAAAUAUAACGUUAAACACACAUGCAUACACAUCUAUAGAUAAAUGCAUAUAUACGUAUAGAUGGGUACAUACACAAUCCACACACACACACACACACACACACAUAGGGGAUAUAUAUGUACUAACAUAUGGAAGAAUAAAACAGAAAAAUUUUUUAAAAAGAGUGAUAACAAAGAUAGGUAUACAAGGGGAGAUCUAUAAAAGGCUUACCUAUGGGGGGGGUUGAGGAGCCAAAUAAAACAGUUCAGGGACACAGAUAUUGCAUUAUAAUACUUAAUAUAUAUAUAUAUAUAUAUAUAUAUAUAUAUAUUAAUGGAUGAAUCAAAUCAAUCAAAUACUGGGAUUCUGUAUCCUGUAGUGUAGAGUGAUCCCGUUUAGUCACCAUGGCAACUGAACUCAGUGUGGUUACCACGGCAACUGAACUCAUUGCGAAUUUAAGCUAGCUUGUGAGACGAGACGAGCUUUAAAUGAAUCAAUCUCCCAGUCGCUGUGCCUUUAAGGCCACUCUGACGUUUAUAUUUACUCUACGAUCAUUGGCUGGCUGACUUCCGCAUGUGUUUAGUCUGUGCAGGGAAGCCAAGCAUGGCAGGACAACUGUGGAACAGAGUAAACAUCCCCUUCCCCAGUGCCGUUUCUUGUGUCCGUGUACAUUUCAGCUCCACUACAGAUGCAAUUGUUAAAGCCCUCUUGGCGGAAAACGAGACGGUGCUGGGUCUAAUUCGGAGUGAGAUUCUGCAAACGGAGAUCCGAGUUCUGUACGAGCUGCUGUACAUCCUAAACAACAGCUCCAAAGGCAACAAGACGUUCAAAGGCUUAAAGCAGGUUGAACAAUGCAUAAACAGACUGAAGAGCAUGAAACUUGAUGAUGCUCUUCAGGAGCUGGCAGAGCUGUGUCCCACCAGAAUUCAAAGAGCCCUGAGCAUCAAGGCUGGUGAGUGUGAUGUUCCCAGUCAACCCUUGCUGGAGUGGCUCUGUCUCAAGGUGCUGGGAGCUGCACAGCUAAUGAGCUGCACAUUGAAUCGCUGCAGCAGAGCUUUCUUACUCUCAAAGCAGCAGAUGAAAUGGGAGGAGUUUGUCAUCUUGAAUAUGGUGAUAACCAGCAUGCUCAGUCGUCUCUGGGUGAUAUGCCGUGGUAUCCUGGUCAGCCUGCACCCUCUGUAUCAGCAGCUCCUGGAGCUCCUUAGAGAAGUAUCCAAGGCCCAGCCCAUGCCUUUCCUUACAGACUUCUCCCUGCCAGCAAAUAUAACUGAGUUCCUGGGUCCCUCUGAUGUAUUUUUACUGACCAAGCGGUCAAAACACAUCCCCUAUACCAAAGACUGCAAGGAGCAGCAGCAGGGGAGGAAGAAAUCUUCUGUUAAGGUCAAGAACCAGCGACAGACGAGGAAGGUUAAAGAAGACCUGGGUGUUGCUGUUGAAAGAGGUAUAGUUCUUGACACUGACCUGAAGCCUUUUCUCAAAGUUUUCAAGAACUUGACAGAGGGCAAAUCCUUCCCAGGGGAAACGCACAAGGCUGACGAGAAACAGAAGUUCAAGAAACAAGUGACAGAGGCUGCUACUUUCUCAGACAUGGCAACCCAUCUAGAAGAAUUGAUUGAAUGGUGCAAAUCCCAGAAAAUGGAAAAGGAAAAACGCUUCUUAACCUUCUUGCGUUUGAAGUGCCAAAGGAUGAAAGGCCUAGAGGCAGCAGGAUACAAUGUCCAGAAGAAGUUGCAGACCUUCAGACAGGAAGCUCGCUGGGCUUCAUCUCCUCAAGGGUCAGUGCCGAGAACCUGUCAGUCUUCUGCUGCAAUGAGGAGAAACGCUCGCCUGAGAACUCGUUUUCAUUCACUCAGGAGUCGAUUUAAGUUGACAGCCAUCAGAGCUAGUGUCAAAAAGAAACAACUGAAGAGACAAAGGAAGAGGACUGAGUCAUCGGUGUCUGGACUGUCAGGGGACAACCAACGAAACAGGACCACAUACGAGGCAACAUUUCAGACCACCGACAGUGAUGACAUAGAUGAUAUAUUUGCCUCUGUAGGUUUGUGACACUUUGGAAAUAGACACGUCCAAAGAAACAAACUACUGAAUGCUGAAAAACGUAUGAUUGGACAAUGGAUGAAUGUUAAACAAAUGAUAAACAGCAGCAGCUGAUUGCACAGUAUACUACUGUAUUUGACACCAAGCUGAAAAAGUCUUGUUUUACUGACCUCUUCUGGUUUAAAAUGUGGAGUCUCUUGCACCUUUGACCACACAAAGCAUCACAGGGGGAUCUCAGGAUGCACUGACUUAAGAACUGCAAUUCCUAGUGGUCAUUUAAAAAGAUUUCAACUAGUGUGGAGUUACUUUUAAAGCAGAAAGUAACUUUAAAGGUGAUGUUUAAAGGGGAUUUCUUUUUUGGCAUUUUAGCCGUUAUUGGAUAGGACAGUAUAGGGUUACCAGGCAAAGACCUGUUCCAUUAACACAGUUAUGGAUAGUUAUUUAAAUCAUUUCAAACUUGUAUCGUUCUUGCAUAGUUUUAUGGUGCUGAACACCAAAUGAGGCUUUAGCCUCUUUCAGACACUCACUCCUCUGCUGGCUACGCACACUGUGAAAUACCAUUAUUAGAGCUAUUAAGUGCACAUCUUGUUCCACCCUCUUAAGACAGCACCACAUUGUAAUAACAUACCAUUUCUUAUAGACAACAAAAUAAAAUCUGUGCAAUGAACCAUGAAAUACUCAGAAUGAACCUAUUUUAAGUGGUAAAACCCAUCAAUGUGACAGAUUCCCUGUUCAAAAGGGGCUUUUGAGAUGAUGACACCAGUUGAGGAGCAGCCUAUUAAAGCCCUGAAGGUAUUUGUAGCUCCACCUGGUGGAGUUAAUAAGUCAGUGCAUUGGUGAUUAGUUCCAGGUUGGUGAUUGUUCUCACAUUAUUAAAUGAAUCCCUCAACCUUGUUAAAUGUAAAGCCCUUGGCAGAGGCAGUGUGAAAGCAGAGAUGUCAUUCUUCUUUCCCGUAAUUGAGUUUGUGGCUACAGAGUGCUCGUACGAACAGGGAUCACACUGGCAGUAAAAUGUAUUAGUAAGAUAGGGUGGCCUCAGCUCUAGGUCUUUCAAGUCUAGUAGGCUAUAGAAACUUUGCAGGUGUCUGGCAGUCCAUAUAGACAAACAAAGAGUGGAGGCUGUGCACCAAAUUAGAAGCUAAAGGGUUAGUUUGUUGCAGCUUGUGUUUUUGCUGCCCACUUUCUUAUCCUCUGCCAAAGAAGACACAGUCCUCCCAUCUGCACAAAUACAACGGUGCAGUUUUCUUCCCCCUCACUGAGCCUGCCUGGGUUGAGUUAUGGUCUCACAUCAGCCCACCAGUUUUCUUUGUGCAAAUACGUUUACAGAUUCUUGAUUCUUUGCUUUAUCUUAAGCCAGUUAGUCAAGGUCAACUUUUGUUCUUGCCUGCAGUGAAGGAAAGGAGCUGAGGAAAAGCCUUGAAUGUCUGCAUUCUGCAUACAUGUGCACAUAGGAAGUCAGACCAUUUUCUUAUCUGCAUGUUGGAGUUGAAGUGACUGUGCCAAAUGCUACGGGGGGUAUUCACAACCUUAAUUUAAGGACAUUUUUAGACUGCAUUUUUUAAUGCAAUGCACAAAGAAUGACUUUGACCUUGCUACUUUUAAAAUGAGGAAGAAGAAAAAGAAAUACAAAAUAAAGUGCAUAAACUCAAUACAGCAUGAAUUGGCAGCAUGUGUUAGUGGUUCAUUCUGUACUGACUGUAUAAUGUCACCAACUUCCCAAUAUACAGAGUGUAUCUCUGAGCUGAUUAGGUGAUUAAGGGGUGUUUACAUUUGCUGAUCUUGUCCUCCUUUACCUUAUCCUUAACCACUUGUUAAUUGAUUUGAUGCUUAGGGACUACAAUUUGUUGUCUGUAAACAGUAAUACUAUUUUAAAUGUUAAAAUGUAGCUGUCAGUAAUUACAGAAAACUUGAGUGACUAAAAAUCAGCUGGACAGUAAUUUAAAAUUCAACCCAGUUACAGAACUGGCAGGCCAAUUUCUGCAAUAGCUUCACUCUGGUUGAUGUCUUUUUUCACCGGUACACCUUUAGAACCUGCAUCAUUAUCUGGCUGGGGCAGCAACUCUUCAGCACUGUCUGCAGCCUCAGCUAAGGGUAGGGAGACCAUAUAUUGUGGGGAAACCUGUCUGUCUAACUUUCUUAACCAAUCUGUAUUUAAUAGCAUAUAAUUGGAAAUAGAUAGUUCCACAUUGUUUGGUUCAGUGCUGGAAUAUUGUUGUUGGAGUAGGAGGUUCUCCAGGGAUUCUGCGAAUGCAUCAUUUAUGGCCUGUGGGCAUAAUAUGACCUAAAACAGGAGAAUAUAAAGGUCUGCACUCCCAAUAUGCUGUUCUUCAAUUUAUUUCCCUGCCACCUUAAUAGCAGCGGGGGAAUAGAGCAAGUUUCAGGUCUCAGCUUUUGCAUAGCAUGGCACGAAGGAAUUCUCAACAUUUACACUCAGAGGUGUAUUAAAUCAAUCACAUCAUUACGUCCACAGAGACACAAAAAGCGAAGUAGAGCCACAUAGGCAACUAGUGCAUCAUGCUCUUUUAAGGCAGUUCAUAACUCAGCCUAGUCACCAAUAGCUCAGUGAUGUAAAGCAUAAAUUUAUACCAAGGCCAUGAAUAAAGUGGGAAAAGCAAGUAAAGCAAACGUCCAAGGUUGAAAAACUCAUUAAGGCCAGAGGGGGACAGUGAAUAUAAACUGUGCAGCCAGUGCAAUAUUUUUGUAGUGUCUCCCCCUCGUCCAUAGGGGCUUUCAAUCCCACUGCGUUUAAUGAGUUCAAUAUUAUGAUUAUGUCUAGAAAUAGGAAAUGCAAGCAUAUUUUUAUUUUUUGCUUACUAAUCCCAUUGUUAACGGAGUUCAGAUUUCCUCAUGAAGUGAAGUUUAAUAUAGGAUUUUGUUUUUUAUAUUCACACUGGGAGGAAAUAUAACAGCAAUUCUUUAAUAACUUGGUUUCAUCAAGAGAGUGGUGUAUUCUCUUUUAAUGUCUGUGUCCAAGAAUAUAUGUCCUCUAGAGCAUUACGUUUCCUUCAUCAGUGCCAGAGGGCUGAGACCUGGAACAUACUGUAUGUAUGUGCUCUAUUCCCCUGCUGUAAUUAAGAUGAAAGGAAAUAAAGUAAAGAAAAGGGGAAUGCACACCUUUA